AUGAAGACGUGGGGUGGCUCGCUUCCGGUCAAGAAGUUCACCCCGGACGGUCAUAUUGUUCGGUCGAGCUUUGCCGAGAUCAAGGCGGGCGGCAAGCUCACACACGACUGUAAGGUCGAGUUUGUCGAGCUCAACCUCGUGGCCUUGGACCUCUCUGGUGGUCCGGGCCCGAUUUGGCCGGCAGAUGUAUCACCUGUCUCUGGUGUCAUCCUCUGUUAUGAUGCCACACGGUCAGAGACCCUCAUAGGUCUGAGCGAGGCUCUCGCUCGGCUAUGCCCCGGCAUGCCUGCCGUUCUCCUUGCGUGCAAGUCGGACCCCGACAAGACACUCGAGGUUGAGGCUCAUGUCGGUGACCAGAUCGGACACCCGUACAAUGUCGGCCUCAUCGAGGUCACAACGGCGACGUCGCAGGGCAAGGGCAAGAUGCGGACGGGCCUGCGCUGGCUACUUUACAAGUUGGAAGAGAUGAACCGAAGAAGGGAAUCGCCCGAGGGCGCGAACGCGCCAUGGCAGAAGGGACACCAUGUGUCUCAGAGCAAAGGCUCAGCGUCAGACGAUCAGCACUCGAGCUCGUCCAGUCUGGGCUGGAUGAUGGAGGGGGAAACCGCUACCUCCACCGAGGGGUCUCUCGAGUCCGAGCCGACGCGGGCCGGUGGCGUGUUGAAUCCUGCCGAAGGCGUGAACGGCGCAGCGGUCGCAGCUGCUGCUGCCGUAGCCGCCAUCCCAUCCGCCGCACUGGCGUCGCAGGCCUCGCUGGAUCGUGACGGUUCCAAGCCCGAACCUGACAUCUAUGUCACCUUGCAAGAGCUCUUCAACCGCCUGUUCACGGCCAUUGUCUCUACAGAGAAUGACCAGUUUGUCAACACAUUCUUCCUCGUGUACCGGCGCUUCUGCCAGCCGCGCGAGCUCAUGACUGAGCUCCUUGAGCGCUUCAUUGAGGUCGAGCAAUACGCAGUCUCGCGAGACAUCCGGCUAUGGGCUUUAAUGAAGCUCGCGGGUGCGCUCAAGGACUGGGCGACCAAGUACCCUGGCGACCUCGUCGACGCCGAGACGCAGGCACUGUUUCGCAAAACUCUUGGCUGCAUGCUCAAGUACACGUUCCUCGCGCACGUCACUGUCGACCUAGUCAGCAUCGAACAGGGUCUGGACAAGGUCGUUGACCUCGACCAGUCAUGGUCGUGCCGACCAAACCUCAAUGAGGCCAAUAUCCAGACCCCCGAGACUGCGGCAGCGUUAGAGCUCGUCGUGGAAAAGGAUGGAAUCCUGUUCGAGGACGAGGUAGCGCCCUUCCCCCCCACCGACAGCACCACGGCACUGAAGGAGAAGUCGGGCUCGACGUUCAGCAGGUCAACUGCGAGCUUAACAGUCGACCUCGACCCUAUACCGCCUCGCGCGGGUGACUCUAGCUCGGAGCAGUCGCGGUCGGUCUACUCGAACGACGAGUCUGGGCACCGCAAGUGGUCCAGCGCAAUCAACGCAUUAAUGCAUAUGGAGCCACAUCACUUUGCACUCGAGCUCACUCUCAUGCAGUGGGAGCUCUUUGCAGCGAUCAGGCCGCGCGACGUCUUCCGCCACGACUUUGGCAAGGAGCGCGAUGACCCAGUGGGCCGGUCGAUUGACUUUUUCAACCACCUAUCGCGUUGGGUGUCGACGAUGAUCCUCGCACACCCAAAGCCGAAGGGCCGUGCCAAGGUGUACGAGGUGUUUGUCAAGAUUGCGCAUCAGCUGCGCAAACUGAACAACUACGACUGCCUGUGCGCGGUCCUCUCGGGGUUACGCGAGACGUCCAUCCACCGUCUGGGCCAGACGCACCAGCUGGUCCGCCUCGAGCCUCACUUGAUGCGCGACUACCAGAGUCACCUCAAGCUCAUGGACGCGCGAAACGGGUACGGGCAUUACCGCCGGGCACUGCAGGCGGAUACUUCGUACAACCAUACGGCGAUCCCGCUGCUCUCGUCAAUCCUCGGCCUCGUGAGCCGUCUGCAGGCAGCACGGCCUGAAGAUCGCCGGGCAGACGGCGCGGUGCAGUGGGACAAGUUCCAGCGCUUUGGCGACAUUCUCAUGGCCAUCCCGACGUUCCAAGAGCGCGGCGGCAUGGUUCCAGGCAAUGUCAGCAUCAGCUUCCGGCGGCUAAUAGAGGCGACCCCAGUGAUUUCCAGCGAGGAUGGGUUGUACGAGAGGAGCAGAUUGGUCGAACCGGGAGGCUCGCAGACGGGCGGCGUUCUGCGCAAGCUUGCCAACUUCUCUCUAUGA